UGCGGCAGCGGCGGCGGCGGCACCGGCGGUGUCGGGACGGGCGGUACCGGCGGGACGGGACGGGCCGGGCCGGGCGGACCCCGCGCACCCACCCCGGGUCGGCCGCGGCUGCGGGAGGCGGAGCGGAGCCGGCGGGAAGAAGUUGGAUUCCAUGGGUUCCAAGAGGCGAAGAGCGACCUCCCCCUCCAGCAGCGUCAGCGGCGGGGACUUCGACGAUGCCCAUCACUCCACCAACGUCCCAGGCCCAAGCAGGAAGAGGAGGAGACUUUCCAACCUCCCCACUGUAGAUCCUAUUGCUGUCUGCCAUGAGCUCUACAACACCAUCAGAGACUACAAAGAUGAGCAGGGCAGGCUCCUUUGUGAGCUCUUCAUCAGGGCACCCAAGAGAAGAAAUCAGCCAGAUUAUUAUGAAGUGGUUUCUCAGCCAAUUGAUUUAAUGAAAAUCCAACAAAAGCUGAAGAUGGAGGAAUAUGAUGAUGUGAAUGUGCUGACUGCUGAUUUCCAGCUUCUCUUUAACAAUGCAAAGGCUUACUAUAAGCCAGAUUCUCCUGAAUAUAAAGCUGCCUGCAAACUAUGGGAGCUGUAUUUGCGCACAAAAAAUGAAUUUGUUCAGAAAGGUGAUGCUGAGGAUGAUGAUGAUGAUGAGGAAGGACAUGACAAUCAAGCAAAUUCUGAAUUAUCAUCUCCAGGUUACCUGAAGGAAAUUCUGGAACAGCUUCUCGAAGCUGUAGCUGUUGCCACAAACCCCUCAGGACGACUCAUAAGUGAACUGUUUCAGAAACUUCCUUCUAAAGUGCAAUAUCCAGAUUAUUAUGCAAUAAUAAAGGAACCCAUAGAUCUUAAAACCAUUUCCCAAAGGAUACAGAAUGGAACUUAUAAAAGCAUUCAUGCCAUGGCCAAGGACAUAGAUCUUCUGGCAAAGAAUGCCAAAACCUACAAUGAGCCUGGAUCCCAAGUAUUCAAGGAUGCAAAUGCGAUUAAAAAGAUAUUUAAUAUGAAAAAGGCUGAGAUUGAGCACAGUGAGUUGGCCAAGUCAAGUCUCCGAAUCAGGACUGCAUCAAAUUUGGCUGCUUCCAAGCUGACAGGUCCUUCCUCACAGGGUAAAGGCAGUGUUGGGGAUGAGAGAAAUUCUUCUAACAAAUAUUAUCGUAACAAAAGAUCAGCCCAAGGGGAUCGUUUAUCAGCAAUAACCAUGGCAUUGCAAUAUGGAUCAGAGAGCGAUGAGGAUGCAGCUUUGGCUGCUGCUGCUCGUUAUGAAGAGGGAGAGUCUGAAGCUGAGAGCAUUACCUCCUUCAUGGACACUUCCAAUCCUCUUUACCAGCUGUAUGACACAGUUAGAAGUUGCCGUAAUAACCAGGGCCAGCUCAUCUCUGAACCCUUUUUCCACUUGCCCUCCAAGAAAAAGUAUCCUGAUUAUUAUCAGCAGAUUAAAACACCCAUUUCGUUGCAGCAGAUCAGAACCAAGCUGAAGAACCAUGAGUAUGAAACUUUAGAUCAGUUGGAGGCUGAUCUGAACUUGAUGUUUGAAAAUGCCAAGCGCUACAAUGUCCCCAAUUCUGCCAUCUAUAAAAGGGUGCUGAAAAUGCAGCAGGUUAUGCAGGCAAAGAAGAAAGAACUUGCUAGGAGAGAUGACAUUGAGGAUGGGGACAGCAUGAUUUCUUCUGCCACUUCUGAUACUGGGAGCUCAAAAAGGAAAAGUAAAAAGAACAUCCGGAAGCAGCGGAUGAAGAUCUUGUACAACGCGGUUCUGGAAGCUCGAGAGCCCGGCACAGGCAGGAGGCUCUGUGAUCUGUUCAUGGUUAAGCCAUCCAAAAAGGACUAUCCAGACUACUACAAAAUUAUCCUGGAGCCAAUGGACCUGAAGAUGAUAGAGCACAACAUCCGCAACGACAAGUACGCGGCGGAGGAGGCCAUGAUCGAGGACAUGAAGCUCAUGUUCCGCAACGCCAGGCACUACAACGAGGAGGGCUCCCAGGUGUACAAUGAUGCCCAUAUGCUGGAAAAGAUCCUUAAAGAAAAAAGAAAAGAGCUGGGACCCUUGGCUGAAGAUGAUGAUGUUGCAUCCCCUAAACUAAAGCUAAGUAGGAAAAGUGGCAUUUCUCCCAAGAAGUCCAAGUACAUGACUCCAAUGCAGCAGAAGCUGAACGAGGUGUACGAGGCCGUGAAGAACUACACGGACAAGCGCGGGCGGCGGCUGAGCGCCAUCUUCCUGCGGCUGCCCUCCCGCUCCGAGCUGCCCGACUACUACGUCACCAUCAAAAAGCCCGUGGACAUGGAGAAGAUCAGGAGCCACAUGAUGGCCAACAAGUACCAGGACAUCGACUCCAUGGUGGAGGACUUUGUCAUGAUGUUCAAUAACGCCUGCACGUACAAUGAGCCGGAGUCUUUGAUUUAUAAAGAUGCCCUGGUCCUGCACAAGGUUUUGCUUGAAACUCGGAGAGAAAUAGAAGGAGAUGAGGAUUCUCAUGUGCCCAAUGUCACUUUGCUGAUUCAGGAACUUAUCCAUAACCUCUUUGUAUCUGUUAUGAGCCACCAGGAUGAUGAGGGGAGAUGCUACAGCGACUCCUUAGCUGAGAUUCCUGCUGUUGAUCCCAACUUCCCAAAUAAACCUCCUCUGACUUUUGAUAUUAUCCGAAAAAACGUUGAAAAUAAUCGCUAUAGAAGAUUGGACUUGUUCCAGGAGAACAUGUUUGAGGUGCUGGAGAGGGCACGGAGAAUGAACAGGACUGAUUCAGAGAUCUAUGAGGAUGCAGUGGAACUUCAGCAGUUCUUCAUUAAGAUUCGAGAUGAACUGUGUAAAAAUGGAGAGAUUCUGCUGUCACCUGCUCUCAGCUACACCACCAAGCAUCUUCACAAUGAUGUAGAAAAGGAGAAGAAGGAAAAGCUGCCCAAAGAAAUAGAGGAGGAUAAGCUCAAAAGGGAGGAGGAGAAGAGAGAAGCUGAAAAGAGUGAAGACUCCUCUGGAUCAGCUGGGCUGUCGAAUUUGCAUCGGACCUACAGCCAGGACUGCAGCUUCAAGAACAGCAUGUACCAUGUGGGGGAUUAUGUGUAUGUGGAGCCUGCAGAGGCCAGCCUGCAGCCCCACAUCGUCUGCAUCGAGAGGCUCUGGGAAGAUUCAGCUGGAGAGAAGUGGCUCUAUGGCUGCUGGUUUUAUCGACCAAAUGAAACUUUCCAUCUUGCAACACGAAAAUUCCUGGAGAAAGAAGUUUUUAAAAGUGAUUAUUACAGUAAAGUUCCUGUUAGCAAAAUUUUAGGCAAAUGUGUGGUCAUGUUUGUCAAGGAAUAUUUUAAAUUGUGCCCUGAAAACUUCAGAGAUGAGGAUGUCUACGUGUGUGAGUCGCGCUAUUCUGCAAAGACAAAGUCUUUUAAAAAGAUUAAACUGUGGACUAUGCCUGUGAGCUCUGUCAGAUUUGUCCCACGAGAUGUGCCCCUGCCUGUGGUCAGAGUUGCUUCUGUGUUUGCCAAUACAGACAAAGUAGAUGAGGAGAAACACAGUGAAACACUGGAGGACAGUAAGGUGGGAGAAAGUAUCCUUCAUCUUGAAAAGGACAAAGAAGAUGUUCCAGUAGAAAUGUCCAAUGGGGAACCUGGUUGCCAUUACUUUGAGCAGCUCUGCUACAAUGACAUGUGGCUGAAGGUUGGGGACUGUGUCUUCAUCAAAUCACACGGGCUGGUGCGGCCUCGAGUAGGGAGAAUUGAGAAGAUGUGGGUGCGAGAUGGAGCCGCGUAUUUCUUUGGUCCAAUCUUUAUACAUCCUGAAGAAACUGAGCAUGAGCCAACUAAAAUGUUCUACAAGAAGGAGGUGUUUUUGAGUAACUUGGAGGAGACCUGUCCCAUGACUUGCAUUUUGGGAAAGUGUGUCGUUCUGUCAUUCAAAGACUUCCUCUCGUGCAGACCAACAGAAAUCUCCGAAAACGACGUUUUUCUUUGCGAGAGCCGCUACAACGAAAGCGACAAACAAAUGAAGAAAUUCAAGGGGUUGAAGAGGUUUUCACUCUCUGCAAAAGUUGUAGAUGAUGAAAUAUACUAUUUUAGAAAACCCAUAGUUCCUCAGAAAGAGCCAUCUCCUCUCCUGGAAAAGAAGAUUCAGCAGCUGGAAGCAAAGUUUGCUGAGUUGGAAGGAGGUGAUGAGGACAUGGAGGAUAUGGGAGAGGAGGAAGGUGAUAUGACUGAAACACCUUCUAUGCCUCAGCUUCAGGCCCCCUUAGCCAGUGAUUUGGAUAUAAUGCCUUAUACUCCACCUCAGUCCACUCCCAAGUCUGUUAAGGGCAGCACCAAGAAGGAGGGAUCAAAAAGGAAGAUCAACAUGAGUGGGUACAUCUUGUUUAGCAGCGAGAUGAGAGCUGUGAUUAAAGCUCAGCACCCAGACUACUCCUUUGGAGAGCUCAGCAGACUUGUAGGAACUGAGUGGAGAAACUUGGAAGCAAACAAGAAAGCAGAAUAUGAAGUCACAGUGAGAGACUUGAUUGAGAUAAUGACCAGAUUCAUCGUACAAAGGACACACAUGACCUCCAGUGAGCAGCACAAUAGCGGGCAGCUAAAGUUGCUGAGCAGCAGGAGAGAGAGCGAGCAGCACAGCAGCAGAAUUCCUCCCCCCGGGCAGGCACUCCUGUCGGGGCUCUUAUGGGGGUGGUGCCGCCACCAACACCAAUGGGAAUGCUCAAUCAGCACUUGACACCCGUUGCAGGUAAAACGUAGGAGCUAUGACCAUUUUUUCCUCAUCCACUUUUAUCAACCCCCUUCAUAACUCUGAACAAACACUCUCUUGGGUCACGUUGGAAGCAAAAGCUCAAACUCUUCAGUCUUUCUUCAUGAUGAAGGUGCCUAGUGCGGCAGUGGCCUGGUGUCCAGGGAAGCAGGGUCCUCCUCGUGCAGUGCUCCUGUUCUGGUAGAGUGCAGUCGUGUUUAUUCACUCUGCCUCGCAGAGUUCACCUUCAGCCCUGCUGUGGCAGGAGAGCAGCAGCUAAAUGGUCAUCUAGUGCAUGCAGCAUCUGUGGCAGUGGUAAAGCAGGAGGGAAAUCGUUGGGGGUUUUAUUAUCAGGGAGGUGAGAGGCCAGCAGAUGUAACACACAUUUUAAAUCCAAGCAAAAGCUUUGUAGAUUUGCCUCUUAGGCACUGGUAAGCAGAGCAGACCAGGAUCUAGAGCCGUUGCAGAAACAAAGACAAAAUGACAACAUUGCUGGUUUUAUCAGGUUAUUUUUCAGAAUAGAACUGAGCUUGGAGAACUCUUCCACGAGGUCCCUGUUGCUGGGUGUUGAGCUCCUUACCAGUUGUAAUCCGGCUUGAUUUCAUAGGGAGUAUGCUCGGAGUAAGUAUUUUCAGGAUCAGAUCUGAAGACAAUGUAGUCCACUGAAGAUUCUUGUAUGGAAAUCAGCCAUACAUGGGUGAGAAAAUUAAUUAGGUGUGACCUGAUAGGUUGCUUUCCAUCCCCAGUUUCUAAUGAAAAUAAGAAUUAAAUUGCUUCAGUCAAGGUCAAAAUAGUGCUGAGUAGAUAAAAAUGAUUAUUUGGAGCAUUCUGGGUUUGAGUUUUGGGAUCUAUUUAACUUCCCCUUUAAACAUUCCAAUUAUUCCAUUUAUUCUUUUGUCAUUUUUCUUUUUCUUUCUCAUCUCACAGGCUGUGGCCUUAUUUCAAGCUGACAGCCUGAAGCGUUUUUCAUCACAAUCUCUAAAUCCCCUUUCAGUAAAUAAGCUGCAUGGAUGUUUAACUGAAGGCACAUUCCUUAGUUGGUUCAUGAUCUCCAGGUUAUAAAGCAUUUAUUUACACUGAGUUGCAUUUUUCUUUUGGCUUUUUUCACUCUGUUCAUGGUAAUUUCCCUCUGAUCUGUUUGCAGUUGGUGUAUGUUUGUGUGUGUGUGUACACUUAUCUGUGCAUAUAUUAAAAAAAGGAGGGGGAAAAAGAGUUUCCCAGUGCUGAUCUCUUUUGUGAAUAAUUUACUUCAAUCUAGAAUAUGUAGAAAUACCAUCCUCUUAUAGUUGUGUUUUCUUAGUUUGGUUCUUGGGUUUUUUGGCACUGAGUCACUUUUCCAGGUUUUGGAGGCAUGUGUUGAUGGAUGUUAAUACUUGCUGUUAACCUUCCUUAAAACUUCCCCAAAAAUGUGCAUUCUGCCAACUACCCAUACUGCCUUGUUUCCUGUGGCAGCACACCUCUGUUUCAGGCCAUUGUCUUAUUUGAGCAGAUCAACACUGAAGGCUCUUCACUUUGGCUUUGGGAAAUACUUCCUUAAAAUAGAUGAUGGAGCAGAUCCUUUUGAACUCCUACUUUUGUGGCCCAUUUGAAAAACACAGUCUUUCAUCUUUUGGUUUGCACAAGUCCUACUUGGAAGUAUCUUGUUCUGUUUGGACCUCUUUGACAUCCUCCUCCAUCCUUGGGUUGCUUUUCUGUAGUUCAGAGAGCUUCUCCAUCACAGAACUUCUUUAUGGCCAUGGGCCAUGGCCAGGAAAUCUGGAAGCCUUCUGAAGUGUUUUCUCUUAGUGUGCAGCACUUUGGUGUCUUCUACAUUUGGAUAUUGUAAAAGUUGACAUAAUCUUACACUGUUAUAAUAAAAAACAAGAGAACAAGUAGUUUCAAAGACAUCCUGAAUCACAGUUGUGGGAGCUGCAAAUAGUUUGGCCAUGUUUGGUAGUUUAAAAUAAAAGUUUGCAAUUCAUACAUGGGCUAAGAAAAUGACUGCUCUUACUUGGAAUGAGCUACAAGAAAUGAUUUCUCAUGGACAUUUGAUGGCACCUUUAUUAGCUAGUUGUUGAGUAUUUUAAUUGGAAAUGUAGAACUUAGCUUCCAUGAUUGAUAAAUACGGGUUUGAUUCCUUGGAGAGUUUUCUGUUUCUUUGUUUUAAAGUUUCAGAAGUUCCUUGACUGCUCUGAAGAUGUGUCAGCAGCUCGGGGUGCACUGGAGGUACCAGGCAGUAGCUACAGUGUGAACCUCUUUGUGUCAAGGAGGCUUUUUGUUGUGUUUCUUCUUUUCUUUUCUCCAUUAGAAAUAUGGAUUUCCCUGUAAUAAAGAGGUACAGAUAAGGUUCCAGAUAUGUGAAAUAGGUACCUACAGCAUAUUUCACUUGUCAGUCUAGGUGCCCUGGGGAAAAUGAAGGCUUGAGGGAGAUUAGUUCUUUAUUUCCUUGUUGGUUUCUCCAUGUAAAGCUUUUGGGAUUAGAGGUUUCUCUCUUCUGUAAUGACCUGAGGAAGUGACAGGUUUAGCUUUUAUUUUUUAGCUGUUCCUCCUCCUGUUUGGACCCUGAGCUUGUUACAGCUUUGUUCUCAGUCAGAACUGAUGAGAGGUUUGGCCAGUCUCAUUCCAGAAAUCUGUUUUGGAAGUUCUUUCUGUGAAUUGCAGGGAGUGUGGCAAAGACUUAGUGGUUUCUUGGAGCAGACUUUAGAAGCCCCAGCAAAUCUGCAUUUCUAACUUACCUCAUCUCUCUAGACCUGCUUCUGUCCUCUGUCAUCUUCUCAUUGUCUUUCCAACCCCUUUCCUUGCUUACCUGGCAAUGCAUCCAUUUAAAUUAAACAUUCCAGGGCCUAGCAAGCAUAGUGCAGUUACACUGUGUAGGUUCACUACAUGGAUAGCAGAAAAUCUGAGCCAAAGCCAGAGAAAGCUCUCAAUUUUCUUCCCUUACAUGCCGAAAAUGAAAUUUUUGAGCAGCAGCACAAUACAGUGAUUGCAGUGUCACUGAUUUUCCUCUAAAGACACUUUACAGACAUGGACAGUGAAAUUCUGUGAGGGACUGCACGUGCUCCUUUAAGUCCUUUCACUUCAGUUUAAUGCCAUGAGUGUAAGUUACUGCAGUCCAGCACUUUAAACCCAAGUUUAAAAUUUGUGUUACUGCCUUAGUUCAUUCUGGAAAUGGUUUAAUAAAAAUCACCCAUCACUGCCAUUAGUUUCAAGUAUGUGAAUGUUGUAGGGCUUUUGUGCAUCAGUUUUGCAUGUGUACUGCAGGAAAAUGUCUGGGGUUUGAUUUUUGUGGCCUCUGAACUAGCCCACAGAGCAGGGCUGUCCAUGGGGCUGGCCAGUCAGUGUUGUGUUUGUAAUCUGGAUGCAGAUGGCAGAGCUUUAAGCUGUAUUAAAACUGCUUGCAUUAGUAACAUUUCAUUGUGGCUGAAUUUAUUCCUUGUGUUAACAUAUCUGAGUAUUCAACAUUUAUUGCCCUGUGAGAAACAUACAAAUACACUAAAUACUAAUUCAUCAAAAGUAUAGGUUUCGUAUUUAUUUUUAGUUUUUGUUUGUUUUGGUAUUUUUUGCAAGAUACUAAUUGUAGUAUUGUCUUGCUGUACUAAAGGUGCUUUUUUUUUGUGUGUGUGUGGAUAGUGCAUGUCUGUGCAUACUGUGUAGACCAUAUUGCAUGUUAUUGAUG